UUAAACAGCAAGUAUUUACCAAAACAUGAUUGGAAUAUGAAACGUUACUAUACAUCUAAAGCAAAAUCUCUUGAAGCUGCCAUACAAAAUGUUGGUCUUUUAGCAGACAAUACGUGGCUUUUUGACGAUUUCUACAAUGAUGAGUUUAAGCAAAAAAAUUUGGAGCUUUGGAUCGACUUUAAAGAAGCAGAAGACUUGGUCAAAAACAAUCAAAACACUUUGCCAUCGCUGUCUAGUCUAGCUGAUGACAAAAAGCCCAACUGUACUUCAUGUGAUGGGAAACAAGAUUAUUCUCACCAGAUAAAUAAUGGAAUAAACAGUAAUGCAGAUGAGAGUUUGGCAUAUACCUGCCAGCAUUUCUCUGAGAAUGUUGAUCGUAUUUAUGAAAGUUUGACCCUUCUAGUUCCAGAAAGAUCACAUUCAAAAAUGAAAUUCGCUCAGCCUACGCCUUCUGCUCUCCCUCCUUGUCUAUCGAAGCAAGAGACAGAAUGCAAUCAUUGUGCUUCUUCAAAGAAAUGGCUUAGCGUCUUGCCCUGGCCUUCUUUGCUAAUUAAGAAUUUUCCUUCUCUCCCUGAAGUGAUUCCCGAUGAAAAAUCGCUCUACACUGAAGUAAAACCAAGGAGAAGAGACGAAUCAGAUUUGAAAAGAUAUCCUCCUCCUCACUACACAAUAAAAACUAGUGACGAAUUCAAACUUCACAUGGCAGUCACAUCAAGCAGAGUCAAAGCAAUAUGGGAUGACACUCCUUCUACUGGAAAAACAUUGGCUGAUAUAUUCAAAUUAUCACAUUCACCUGGGACUUCAGUAGAGCUGGACUGUGAGAUUCCAGAGUUCUAUCCCAGAAGCUGGCAAGUAUUACCUAAUUCAAGCAAACCUUUCCCUUGCAAUGAACAAGAGAGGGCUUGUCCUCAGGAAGCGGAGUAUUUAGAGGGAUGCAGAUCCCAAGCAAUGUCUCAACCAGAAGGCCUGUCAAUGGAAACCAAAUAUGAUUAUUCGUUUGGCAUUUUUGAUCAACAGAGUAUCGAGCCAAAUAACUUUAUGAAGAUGGUGGAGUAUUCAGGCUGGCCAGUAAUAGAUAAUGGAACUCUUGAUGAGAUGAAUGCAUCCGUAGCCAGACUCUACCCAGAACGUGAGCAAUUGUUCUAUGAAAUGAUGUCGGUAGUUGACACUGUCUACAACUUUUUUGAAGACGGAUUUGUCUCCCAAAACAGUAUGAAUAACAACACAUUGGCAUGCUAUCCUACUGCAACUCACUCGGAUCAGGUGUCAAGAGAUGAAGAGAAUGCAUUUGCCAAACUUGAAAAAGAAGCUUUAGAACAGUACCAAGACUCAGACCAUCAACUGAUGACGGUUCAACAGUCUGACGAUAGCAUAGCAAGAAAGUUCCAGGAUUUAGAGCAGGAAGCAAUGGAACAAUAUAAUACGAGUGAGACACUACACGAAGAAGCAGAAGAAGAGGAAGAGGAAGAGAGACGGGAGGAGGAAGAAACCUGAAAAGGAUUUGAAAACUCAAUAGUUGCAGGUGUGAGUCAAAGAAAUUAUAAGAAUGGAUUAAGCUGAAGAAAGUCAUCAAUCAUCAAUCUAAUCUACAAGAUUAUGGAGGUCUCAUAAGAAAAUUGCAAGCUGAAAAUAAAUUAGAGCCUGAGGUCAGAGACGUCUGUUGGAAAGAAAAUAUAUAUUAGUGUAUGAGGCUAACCGAAUUGAUAAUAUUAUUCAAUUAUGAUAAAAAAUAUUUGUAUUAAUCUAAUGAAGGUGAA